AUGUCUCUUAACGUCUUGAUUUGGAAUGCCAGGGGUGUGGCCAACGUGAACACUCAGAGCAUGAUCAAACGUUUGGUGAAAGAUAAUAAGAUUAUGGUGUUAGCUAUCAUAGAGCCAAUGGUUAAUCCAAAGCCGGACUUCUUUAGUAGGGUGUUUGGCCUCAGUUUUAAGGGUGUUAACUGCAAUGGACAAAUUUGGGUGUUUGUGGCGGAGGGAAUAGAGGUAGAUGAGUGGGAUGAUUCAGAACAAAUUCUUCACGCUCGUUUUAUCACACCAAUGCUGUCUGCUCCAUUCUUUAUUUCAGUUGCAUAUGAGAAAUGCUUUAGAGAAGGAAGAAUUGAUAUGUGGAUUAAACUUCGAGAGUUAGCUGCAAAGAUGGAUGGUUUGUCUUGGCUUGUGGGAGGUGAUUUUAAUAUUUUUGUUUCAGAAGAGGAAAGGCAGGGAAGCAAGAGGAGGAGAACAAGGGAGAUGAUGGAGUUCGCAGAGGCUAUUAGUGACUGCCAGCUCCUAGAUAUUGGAGCAGAUGGCCCUAAAUUUACCUGGGCAAGAGAUCACUGCCCACUUUUGAUAGUGUGCCGGGUUCCUGGUCCGAGGGUCAGGCCUUCUUUCCGAUUUCAAAAUAUGUGGGUGAGGCAUCACUUGUUCUUGCAAGAGGUUGAGAGGUGCUGGAGGGAGGAUACAGGCACAAGGGGGUUGAUUAAUCUGCAACUUAAAUUGAGUCGGCUGAAACGUAGUUUGAAAAUUUGGAAUCGUGUCGUCUUUGGUAACAUCCUAGAGAAUUUGAGGAAAGCUGAAUUUGAGGCUAAAAAGGCUAUGGAGAAUUUUGAGCAGAAUCCUUCCCCGCUUUUACGUGCUGAAAUGAAUAGAACAUCAGCUGAAUUCAUUUUGAGUUUGAAGAUGGAAGAGGACUUUUGGCGACAGAAAGCGACUCUUAAGUGGGUGGCUGAGGGGGAGAGGAAUACGAAAUUCUUCCAUGGGUGGGUGAAGCAAAAAAGAGUCAAGUCAAGAAUUCACAUGAUAGAGGAAGGGGGGCAAACAUUGACAGAAGAGGUUGAUAUUAGGAAUUCGGCGGAAUUUUUUUUCAAAAACUUGCUCACUGAGGAUGUGGGUUCUCUGGGAGAACCAGAGCUAGAAAUCCUUUCUUCUCUGCCGGCUGAUGUAAACUUGUCUCAGUUAGAAGUAGACCCGACGGCUGAGGAGGUUAGACAAGUUGUUUUUGACAUAAAUGCGGAUAGCACAGCGGGUCCAGAUGGGUUUUCGGCCUUGUUUUUUCAAGCUUGCUGGGAUAUAGUGGGGAAAGAUGUGGUUGAGGCGGUGGUGGACUUCUUUGCUGGUGCUCAAUUGCCUAGGGGAAUUGCGGCAACUCUUAUUGUUCUUGUCCCGAAAAAGAAAAAUCCCACAAGAUGGGCAGAUUUCAGGCCUAUCAGUCUAUGUAACGUUAUGAAUAAGAUCAUUUCUAAACUCAUCACUAAAAGGCUUGCCCCUUUUCUGCCUUUGCUAACAGUGCCUAAUCAGAGUGGUUUUAUCAGAGGGAGGCUUUUAAGUGAUAAUGUCUUGUUGGCUAAGGAGAUGUUUCACGAAAUUUGGAAAUGUGUAGUAUCUCCAAACAUGGUCCUUAAAUUGGAUAUGGAGAAGGCCUAUGACCGGGUUCAAUGGCCGUUUCUUCUUAAAGUGUUAAAAUACAUGGGGUUCUCAGAGAAAUGGGAGAUGAUGUACCGCACAGCAAGGUAUACUAUGGGGGUUUCGCAUCUGGCGUACGCUGAUGACAUAAUCAUCUUCUCACAGGCUCGGAGUUCAGCCAUUGUAAAUCUGAUGGAAUGUCUAAGGCAUUACAUGCAAGUAUUGGGCCAAAAAGUGAAUGUGGGAAAGAGCUGUUUUUUUCUUGAUAAAAAGCACUAUUCGUGGGCUCAAGAGAUAACGGAAAUCAGUGGAUUUCAACAGGGGAGCUUCCCUUUCUCUUAUCUUGGUGUUCCAAUUUACCGAGGGCCUAAGAAAACUAGUUUGUUCUUGUUUCUUCGUGAUAAAAUUUCGUCGAGAAUCCAUGGAUGGAGUCACAGGCAUCUAUCUUUUGGGGGCCGGCUGACACUUUUAAAGAGUGUUCUCGGGGCAAUUCCUAUUCAUAUUUUCCAAGUCCUGGAACCGACAAAAGGGGCUCUGAGGCAGAUAGAGCAGGUGAUGGCUAGGUUUCUUUGGGGGUCAUGCAAUUCCUCAAGAAAAACUCACUGGAUAAAGUGGCAACAGGUUUGUCUGCCGACGGAUGAGGGAGGUUUGGGUAUCCGUGGUCUGGCUGACUCGAUGGAGGCUUUCAGCAUCAAAUUGUGGUGGAGAUUUCGCGAGCAAGGUUCACUGUGGGCCAGUUACAUGUACCAGAAGUAUUGCUCGACAUCCAUACCAAUGGUGACAUACCGAUCAAAUAGAUUUAGCCCGAUAUGGAGACGGAUGUUCAAAGUUGGAAAUUUGUGCCGGGAACAGAUAAGAUGGGUGAUUGGUGAAGGGAAUAUCAGCUUUUGGCAUGACUCAUGGUGGAACGAAAUGGAACUAUGGCUUUUAGCUGAUGAGGUGGGUCUAGCGGAUGAAAUCGUUGAGGAUAUUUUACAGGUCCCGAUCAAUAGGAGAGAAAAGGAUAGGGGAAGGUGGAAAUUUUCUGGCAAUGGGAAUUUUUCCAUCGCGUCUGCCUGGGAAUUGGUUCCUUCUGGUGGUGGUUUAGGAAUCAACCUAGAUUUAAGAUUUAGGCGGUGGCAGAGAUAUCUCAAUAUAUGUUCCAGUCAACAUUUAAGUGCAUUGCUUCCUUACCUUAUUCUUUGGGCUAUCUGGACAGAGAGAAAUGAAAAUGUUCACAGAAAUAAACCCCUUGAAGCUGAAAAUGUGAUUAGGAAAGUGUCCUCACUCUUGAGGAACUUGGUGUUGGCUAAGCUGGUAGGACCAGAACAGUGGAGAGAUUGCAGUCCGAGGCUGGAGAUUAUGAAUGGGCAGGUUCAAGAGAAGAGCAAGAGGAGAACUAGAAUGGUUCUAUGGCGUCCUCCAGAUCCGAGGUGGGUCAAGUUAAAUGUAGAUGGCGCGUUCUUAUCUUCUUCCCAAGUUGGAGGGGGUGGAGGAGUAGUGAGGGAUAGUGAAGGGGAGAUACUCUCGGCAUUCUCUGCAGGGUUGAAGGCGGGAUCAGGUCUGGAGGCUGAAGCAGCAGCGGUACUGAUAGGUAUCCAUCUGGCCAAACAGUUCGGUAAUCAAAUUUGGAUUGAGUUGGAUUCAGAGGUUGUUGUGCGUUGGCUCACUGAGGAUCAACUCGGGUCAGCUGAUUCUUGUAUCAUUUUGGCGAAGAUCAGGAGGGAAUUGGGAGGAACUAUCUGGAGAGCCUCACACAUUUUCAGAGAAGGCAACAAGGUUGCUGACCUGCUGGCGAAGAUUGGCCUGCAGUCUGAUUCUGAGAUUAUCUACACGCGAAUCUCAACACCUCCACGAGCUAAAGCUCUGUGCAGAAUGGAUCAAUGGGGCCUCCCGAAUUUUCGGUUUUGA